CCGCUGACGCUCUUCGCUCAAGCUCCUCGAUUGUUUAUAGUGUCGCGAUUUAGCUUCAGCUCAAGUUCUGUCAGUAAAACCGUUUGAAUCGUAUUUUCAGUAUGGGAUGCGACGGGGGAACCAUUCCUAAAAGACACGAGCUGGUUAAAGGACCGAAAAAGGUUGAAAAGGUCGAUAAAAUCGCGGAACUUGCUGCCAAAUGGAAGCACUGUGCGUUGAGUCAGGAGAAGCUGAAGAGACCCAUAGUCGCCUGUGAGCUGGGCAGACUGUAUAAUAAAGAUGCGAUCAUUGAGUACUUGUUGGAUAAAUCAGCAGAGAGGCCGAAUACCGAGGUUGUUGCACACAUCCGUAGCAUCAAGGACGUGAAGGAGCUUCACCUGACGGAUAACCCAGCGUGGGAGGGUGAGAGGCGCAACAUUAAAGGGGACUGCUAUGAAGAUGUGCACUGCGCCAUGUUCAUCUGUCCUGUGGUUGGACUGGAGAUGAACGGAAAACACAAGUUUCUGUACCUGCAAACCUGUGGCUGCGUUUUCUCCGAACGAGCUCUCCGAGAGGUGAAGACUGAAAUCUGCCACAAGUGCGGUGAUCCUUUCCAAGAAGACGAUCUCGUGAUGCUGAAUGGGUCUAAAGAAGAGGUGGAGAAGCUGCAGAAGGCUAUGGAGGAGCGCCGGCUGAAGGCUAAAACCGCGAAAAAAUCAAAGAAGAGCAAGGAUGCUAAAGCCUCCAAGUCGUCGGAUUCAACAGGAAGCUGUGACGCCUCAGAGACCAAAUCUUCAUCCCUGAGUGGAGAAGGCAGCAGUGACUCAGCUCCGGGGCCGUCCGCGUCCGGCGAGUGCUCCAAGACGAUAAAGGCCCCCGCGGGCCCCGUCGCUGGCAGUAAGAGAUCGAUCCAGGACAUGAAGGACAAGUCGGAGGCCUACAAGUCGCUCUUCACCUCCCACAGCUCUGCCAAGCGUACCAAAGACCAGAUCUCUAACUGGGUCACACACACGCCUUACCACUUCUGAGUGUUCUUCUUCUUCUUAGCCAAGCUCGCUCUCUAGUGGUCAGGCUUCGUAGGAGCGCACCGACGCUUCGUUUUUAAUCUUUAUUUACCUUUUAUAAGAUUAUCUUAAUUCAGUUGCAUGCUUAAGCGUUUAUUAAUGUCUUUUCGUGAUUUAUUUUAUGACUGGAUUGUGCUUUGCAGCAGCAGCAUCUUGCUUUAAGCCGCUUUCUUCGGGUUUCAACAUGGACUGCAUUGCAUUUAAGAAAACAUAAGCAAAAAGGCAAAGGAAGAUAACAUUGUUUUCCUCUUCGGGAGCAGACACGUGGUCCUGUUUAAUGUCACGGUGUCACAGAAACAACCUACUCGUUACAGUAGAUACGUAGUGUACUUUUAAACAUGCAUCACUUGUGAACACAAUAAAGGUCCUCUCUCGGAGAA